CAGUAAUAGCUUCACUCUCAAGCGAGUCCAAAUGUAAAAAGAAUAAGACUAUCCAUCCUUUUGGGGGCAAUGCCUCAUUCUUUGUAAUUGUAAUUGUAUUGCACCAACUUCUUUUCGACUACUCUGCUUCUGAUUGAAUGGCAGCAAACGGAAACUGCGACAUGCUCCAAAACACAAGCACAACACUUACUCACCCUCAUUGGUACUCACCAAAAACCGGAAUUUACCAUAGCAAACACGCUCCCUUGAAGCUUCCCACCGACCCUUUUCUCGACAUUGUUUCCUUCAUUUUUUCUCACCCCCAUAAUGGGGUUUCAGCCCUCGUUGAUUCCUCAUCUGGGUGUUCUAUUUCGUACGCAAAGUUGUUACCUUUGGUCAAAUCCAUGGCUUCUGGUCUCCACAAAAUGGGUGUUUCUCAAGGUGACGUGGUUUUGCUUCUACUUCCAAAUUCCAUUUACUAUCCCAUUGUGUUCUUGGGUGUUCUGUAUCUAGGUGCUGUUGUUACACCAUUGAAUCCUCUCAGUAGUAUCUAUGAAAUACAUAGGCAAAUUAUUGAGUGUGGUGUGAGGAUGGCUUUUACUGUACCUGAAAAUCUCAAGAAACUAGAACCAUUGGGUAUUCCUGUUAUUGCUGUGCCAGAAAAUGAGAAGGGUUUGAGGCAUGGUUGUUUCUCAGGUUUUUGUAACCUGAUUUCUUGUAACUUUGAUUUGCCUCAAAGGCCAGUUAUUCAACAAGAAGACAUUGCAGCUAUAUUGUAUUCUUCAGGGACUACUGGGGUGAGUAAGGGAGUUGUUCUGACCCAUAAAAAUCUUGUUGCUAUGGUUGAGCUUUUUGUGAGGUUUGAAGCUUCUCAAUAUGAAUACUCUUGCUUGAAGAAUGUGUUUCUAGCUGUUUUGCCAAUGUUCCAUAUAUAUGGUUUAUCGCUCUUUGCUAUGGGAUUACUGUCUUUGGGUUCUACAGUCAUUGUGAUGAGGAAAUUUGACAUCGAUGAGGCUAUCACGGUGAUUGAUAAAUAUAAAGUUACACACUUUCCUGUUGUUCCACCAAUGUUGACAGCAUUGACAACGAGGGCAAAGGGUAUUAAUGGAAGUAAGUUGAAGAGUUUGAUACAGGUCUCCAGUGGUGCAGCGCCUUUGAGCGUAGGAGUUAUUAAUGACUUUGUCCAAACUUUCCCUAAUGUUGAUUUUAUACAGGGUUAUGGAAUGACCGAAUCAACUGCAGUAGGAACACGUGGCUUCAAUACUGAAAAGUUUCACAAUUAUUCUUCAGUAGGGUUGUUAGCUCCAAACAUGGAGGCAAAAGUAGUAGACUGGAAUACUGGUGCUUGUUUGCCCCCGGGCAACAGCGGUGAGCUUUGGUUGAGGGGCCCUUCAAUUAUGAGAGGAUACUUGAAUAAUGAGGAAGCCACAAUGUCAAUAAUUGAUAAAGAUGGUUGGCUACAUACUGGAGAUGUUGUUUAUUUUGAUCAGGAUGGGUAUUUACAUAUAUCUGACCGCUUGAAAGAUAUUAUCAAAUACAAGGGCUUUCAGAUUGCUCCUGCUGAUUUGGAAGCUGUGUUAAUUUUGCAUCCUGAAGUAGUUGAUGUUGCUGUUACAGCUGUCAUGGAUGAAGAAACUGGGGAGAUGCCAGUGGCAUUUGUGGUGAGGAAGGUUGGAAGUGUGCUUUCUACCAAGCAUAUUAUGGAUUAUGUUGCUGAGCAGGUUGCUCCACAUAAGAAGGUUAGGAAAGUGGUCUUCACUGACAAGAUACCAAGGUCUGCGACUGGUAAGAUCCUUCGAAAGCAGCUUAGGAAUUGCUUGACUUCUAAACUCUAAGGCAUCUUUCAGGACAGAGGACACGCCCCAAGCACAAUAUUGAAAAAUUA